UCGCAGUCUCAGUCUGUCGUCGUUGUCGUCGUCGUCGGAGGUCUACUGGUAACAUUCUGUCUGGGUGGUUGCCAGUUUGCUCAUAGAGGGCACUGAGUUCGCGCGCGCCUCAGUUAUUGAACCUAGAUAUCGGACGUGAGGUCCCAGGUUGUUUCCGGUUGCAAAAGGGAAUGUGACAGGCUGAAUUUAUUUUUGGCGGGAGCUGGAAAUUUGAUCCAUGUGAAUACGUACGGAAAAUUGUGAGGAAGUUGAAGUUCGGAGUAUGUGAAUCGAUAACGCACAAUCUGGUGAAAGUCAAACCCAUCAAUCCUGUACCAGAUCUUAUCGUGUGAUUUGUGGUGUGUUUGAUCUGGUCCGGAAAAACAAGAUAAGGCCAUCGUCCGUGUCGUCCGCCGCGAUAUCAACGUCACCGCCGCGUAUAUUGAUGACGAAGGCCUGUGUUUUAUCGACUCCUCGGUGGGACGGGGGAACCGUAAUUAUGUGAACCAGUCCACCACGUAAAGGGAAAUUAAAGGGCGGGCGUCCGCAAUAUGCUCCCGAAGCAGUAAACAACCUAUCGAAAGUGUUUGCAAACAGAGCAGAGAAGUGUCCAAACGACGUGGACUUUGAACAAGUGACUCGUCAGUGAUUAGAUCUCAGCCGCAGCCUCGAGUAACACUCCCAUCUGUAAGUGGAUCGAUUUUGGGGAGGAGGGCGCAGAAAUCCGCCCGAAGCCAAUGAAAAAGCAAUUUCGAAAAAUUAGCUCCCAUUAAUUUAAAGUGAUGCCGAGAGGUUCCCCACCGCAAGUCCCGUAGAGUGUCUACCGUCCAAGCGCGUAUCGUGUGCUAUCGGUAACAACUAUCGACGGUCCAUUGAUCAUUCUGGCAGAAGUGUGACUGGUGUCGCGCGCUUAAAGUGUUCGACGUGAUCGCAGUCUCCCGAGGCGUGAAGUGCUCUGAAUAAAAAAAAAGCCAGCGUAUCCAUAUCAAGUCCCGAAAACGACCCCUCCCUCAGCCGGCCCUCCCGGGGUCACGGGAAAGAAUCAUUCGCGUAUCGUGGAGUGCAGAAAUCGAUCGUCGUCCGUGAGAGUGCGUCGUCUGCUAACAGAUCCCAUAUAAUCAAAUUAUAAAACGAAAAUCGCGUAAAUAUUGAUGAAGUGAAAUGUGAGCGCAAAUUAUCGUCCUUCGAAUUGUUCGACAAAGUGUGGAUACCUGUCCAGUUCGGUCAACGUCAUCAGGUGUAUCGACCAUCAUCAUCGGCCAAGUCAACCAACUGUUCAACUGUUCAACGAAACCGUUGUUUCCCCCCACUUAAAGUGCGAAACCGAAAUCCCGCGCCUUCGCGUCGUCGCGUCCAACGUCCAAUUUUCGAGUAAUCGUUCGUAAUUAACCCGUCCAGUAGUCGAAAACUUGUUUGCUGCUAUUAAUCACGGAAUGCCGUAGCUUGACAAAAUUCCACCACACCCGCCGGUAGCAGCCGUUGUCGUUUCUGGGAAAAUGACAGUGGCAUCCCACAACAUGUAGUCCCCAUCGUCCCCAUCAUCAUCGUCCUCGUCCUCGUCGUACUGCUGAAGGAGCGUGAAGUGAGAUUUCAAUUAAGCUGCUAAUUUAUUUACCAUAAUUAUAUUGGAUGUUUAAAUUUCCAACUCGUUUCUCGGGGCCUCUUUGGGCUUCUGGAUCUCGGGCAUCCAACCGUGUGCACAAGAGUAGAGCCAUAGCAUUGGUCACACCCACUCCCGACGUAUGCUGACAACUGCCGCCACCCACUUCUCCAAUGAAGCAUGGAAAAACAAGUGGCCAUAUAAUCAAGAGCAGUGAAACGGUUUCCAGAGGAAAACAACAACAGCCUGAAGGUGUGCAAUUUGCUGGCCCGUGAACGAUAUGGGUCCCCGGCCCAGAGGAAGAAAAUGCAGCCCAGUGAAAUUGCAUUAAGAAUAACGUCCAUCGGUAGCUAGUAGAGAAGAAACGUGACUCCCACACGUUACGUUUUCCAUGCGGUGUUUGUGAUACAAAAGUAGUUCCGAGGAAAGUCAAUUAAAAUAAAAGUUGAUCUUAUUUAUUAGUCAAGUUCUGGUGCGACUCUGGUGCAAAAUGGAAUUACAGCUCUAAAGCCGUUCGAAGUUAUAUUCAAAGCCAUUGAAGAGGCAGCUUUUACGAUGCCGAGAGUAUGUGACGAAAAUGUGUGACUGUGCGUUUUAUGCUGAAGAAGCGAAACGGGAAAAUAUUUUACGAGGAUAAAUACAACGUGCCGAUAAGCGAUUCCAAGUGUGUAAAUACUAACAAAAAACGAAAUAACAACCGCGCGAAUUGGUGUCGAUCGAUAAAAUUCGUCAAAGAUUUCGGUAGUAACUCCCAUUUCGUCGUAAAAAAAAUGGCGGAAUCAAGCAGCAGUAGUGGAAGCAGUGAUGAAGAGCUGGCUCAAGCUGCUGCAACGGCUUCGAACGUGUCUUCGUCGAUUCCUGGAUCGCUGGCCAUGAAGAUGGCCCAACCGGUUCGGGAACGUGGCCCAGCGCGAUGUCACGAGUGCUAUGGUGACUGCAUUGACUGUAGUGUCGUAUGCUGCAAGGAUACGGUGCACAAGUGCCACUCGGAUCCGUUGAGUGGACGGAUUGUAACGGGCAAGAACUUGCUGACACGCUCGUUGCGGUAUGCACCUGGUCCCGCUACAAGAAAGUGUGUCCUCACCCUGGAUGGGUAUUCUUACGUUAUCGUGGCAAGUUCGCCCGAGAACAAAUUUACCAAAGAUGAUCUAGCUGCGGUAGCUCCCCGCGAACAGUCGCCCUGCUACGACGCCACGUGUCAAGGUUCCGCCUCAAAUUACGGUGCUUGCUCGUCCUCAGCCGGGCCACAAUCUCAACAGCAACAACAACAGCAGCUAGGGGAGCAAUCUCCACUACAGCAGCAACUACAGCAACUGCAACAACAGCCGAGGCCUCCAUCAGCUUCGUCCUCAGCGGCGUCGUCCAGUUGUCUACCGCACCAUCAUCAUCAUCACCAUCACCACCAUCAUCACUGUCAUCAGACUCCGCCACCACCGGUUCCGGGAGCAUCCUUCGCAGACUGCAGCUCACGUAAUGGACAACUUGCAAAACAAGGCAGUCUGACGAUCGUGAGACGCACCAACAGUCGAAAAAACACGCACAUUUUGCAGCAGCAGCAACUUCAGCAUCAGCAAGAGCUACUUGAGUCUGACCCAGACCAAGAGGGGGACUAUUCCCAGCAACAGCAGCAGCAGACUCUAUCGGAAAGUGAACUCGCGUUCGUCAACAGUCAGCUCAGCCGGGAGCUCGAAAGUAUGCAACCAACAGCCGGGUCCGGGUCCGGGUCUCCGCCGUCCAGCGCCGUCGUGCAACGGUCCGAUACGCUCACCGGGGAUGAGCUGGAAAAUGUUGACUUGGCCACAGACAAUCUGCCAGCGGUCGAUACACCAGAUGCAUGUGAUAAAGCCGCACUAAGACUUCGCUGUCUUUUGCGGCAACUGCAGCGCGGAGAAAUAUCCGCCGAGCUGCUGCAGAAAAACCUUCAUUACGCUGCACGCGUACUUGAAGCGGUUUUCAUCGACGAGACAAAUCAGGAGGACGGAAGUGGCAAUGGCGGCGUUAACAGCGGCAGUGGUUGUGGUGCAGGAAGUGGUGGUGGUGGUGCUAAAACUAACAACGUCGGUACCGUAGGAGACAGUAGCAACGUCAGCAAUGCCACCAGUAAGGAGCCUCGGAGGGGCGUUACGACUUCGGCCCCGCCCACCCACAGUGGUCCCACGGGUCCACCGAUCGGAAAAACCGUCAUUCAGAGGCGAAAACUACGUGCACCGGUUUGGGCCAGGCGUCUUGCUGACGAGGAUGAUGAACUAUCGGAGGUGCAACCGGAUGCCGUACCACCGGAGGUGCGGGAAUGGUUGGCGUCCACAUUCACCCGCCAGCUCGGAACCACCCGGAAACGGUCGGACGAGAAACCCAAGUUCCGCUCGGUAGCCCACGCCAUCCGGGCGGGCAUCUUCGUCGAUCGGAUCUACCGGCGCAUCUCCAGUACGGCGCUGAUGCAGUUUCCGCCCGAGGUGGUCAAGGUGCUAAAGUGUUUGGACGACUGGUCGUUCGACGUGUUUGCCUUGGCCGACGCAGGCAACUGCCAACCGGUCAAGUACUUGGGGUACGACCUGCUCAACCGCUACGGUAGCAUCCAUAAGUUCAAGAUUCCGCCGGCCACGCUGGAAACGUUCCUAUCGCGCAUCGAGGAGGGCUACUGUCGCUUCCGCAAUCCGUACCACAACAACCUGCAUGCCGCCGAUGUCGCACAAACCGUACACCAUAUCCUCUGCCAAACGGGGAUGAUGCACUGGCUGACCGAUCUCGAGAUCUUCGCCACGUUGCUAGCGGCCUUAAUUCACGACUACGAGCACACGGGGACGACCAACAAUUUCCACGUGAUGUCCGGAUCGGAUACAGCGAUGCUGUACAACGAUCGUGCCGUGUUAGAGAACCAUCACAUCAGUGCAGCGUUUCGGGUGCUGAAAGAGGACGACUGCAAUGUGCUGCAGAAUCUCUCGAAGGAGGAGUACCGCGAGCUGCGGUCACUGAUAAUUGACAUGGUACUUGCGACCGAUAUGUCGUUCCACUUUCAGCAACUGAAGAACAUGCGCAACCUGCUAACGCUGGCCGAGCCGCAGGUGGACAAGUCCAAGGCGCUCUCGCUGGUGCUGCAUUGUUGUGAUAUUUCUCAUCCGGCCAAACGCUGGGACAUCCAUCACAAGUGGACAAUGCUACUGCUCGAGGAGUUCUUCCGGCAGGGCGAUCUCGAGCAGGAACUCGGGCUCCCCUUUAGUCCGCUGUGCGAUCGGAACAAUACGCUUGUGGCGGAGUCUCAGAUCGGUUUUAUCGAAUUUAUUGUCGAGCCCAGUAUGGCUGUGUGUGCCGAUAUGUUAGAGAUAGUUUUAGCACCGAUAGCACCAAUCGCAAUGAAUAGUAGUAAUAGCAAGAAUAACAAUAACAAUAAUACUAGCAUUAAAGGAAACAAUACUCUAAGUGUACCGAACAACAACAACAACAGUAGCAGCCACAAUAAUACAAGUAAUGAAGCAAUAACCAAUAAUGGAGGCACUGGAGGAGGAGGAGGCGGCAGCGGGGGUGGUAGCGGAGAAGCAGGUACCGGCGAUAAACCGAAACCGAAGCCGGACGUUAAGAAUGGCGCCAAACCGGAUCGGUUCGAGAUCAAGAAACCGUGGAUCACCUGCCUGGCGGAGAACAAGAAGAUAUGGAAGGAACAGGCGCAGAGAGAUGCCGAAGCCCGUGCGGCUGCUGCUGCUGCAGCGGAAGCCGCGGCAAACGCCGAAGAACAGCAACCGACUACCGAGGACGCCCCGGAGGCUGACGAUCAGGAGUCGCAAGAAGCCGGCAAGGAAUAAACUGUUUUGCUACAGCAUCCUAAGUCACGAUACGAGAGCAACUACAUCUAACUACUGUAACAUCUACUACUAUAGCAACUACUAGCGUUAGUACUGAACACACAAAUCCACAUAGCCUGGGACACUUUUCUACUACAAAAAAGUCCUGGAUCAAGCAAACCGCAGAUAGAUCAGUGAAUCCAAACCACCCUCACGAACAAGAAGUAGUAGUCUUUUGAUGGUAUUUUUGUGCGCGUAUGAAAAUCAAGCCAACGGUAACGUCCACACCACGGGGCCGCCGUUGUCGAACUCUUUCACAAGGAAACCAGUAGUCUAAAAACCAGCUAAUAGUAGGCAAAAAACUUAUUACAAAAAAAGAAAAAAAGAAAUACUAGAAAGAAUCACACUCAUAUUUCGAUAAAUGUUAUUAGGAGAGAACAAUCUAAACAAAGAGUCUAAUAGCAUAAUACAAAAGAAUAGAGCAAAGAUGAAAGAAAUGACAAAGUAUUUACAAUCUCUAUCCAUACAGCUUACACUCGAUAACACUAACACAAGCCCACAAACACUCACACGUCAUACACAUAUUCAUAUAAAUUAUAGGAAAUACAAAGAAGUGGCCACUUAGAAAGUGCAUGCCAUCUAUUUUCAAUCUUACAACCAGCAAAUUUUAUGUACGUCAAACAUUAGAAUCGUUUUACUCCGUGCACUGAAAACCCUGUUUGAAAAACCUCUCUCCCUUCAAUUCUCAAAGAAAAAAAAACAAAAUGCAUGACCGGAUAAUAUAAAUUAUGUUCCAACAGUUUUCCGAGGCAGGGGAAAAAAUAAAUCCCACUUAACAAUAUACAUAAAGAAUGAUAAAAGAUAAGCAGAUUAGUUGAAUAAAAGCAAACUACAAGCCGCACACAUGUACUACUGCAAAAUG